AUGAGAGGAUUGCCAGCAUCAUCUUCAAAUCGUUUGUUCCCGUGGCAUUUAUUGUCGAAGAACGGAAGUUUUUUGUCAUUCGGAUUUCGUAAUUUUGCACCAACCACUAGUAGUACCGUAAACACAUGUUUAUUGAAUUAUUCUAAUAACACUAAGAGAAAUGAAUGGAAGUAUUUGACCAGCUCCGGAUUUGAUGAUUUCAAAUGUUUCAGCACAAUGGUCAACAAGACAAUGACAAUCUCUAAACAUGCAGAGGAUGUUUCUGUGAGUGGAAAAACUCCUAUGGAGGUUUACAAAGAAAUGAUUCGGAAUGGAACUGUGAGUGAAGAUCCAAGACAAAUUGAGUUGUUAAAGAAGUUAACACAUCUUUAUCAAAUGUUGUUGAAUUAUGAUAUCAAACAGGCCAGACUGAUUAUUAAUAGCUAUAUCGGAGGUUCUUCAAGUAUCAAAACGUCAUCAUCAAUGACUGCUCCCUCUACAACCUCAUCAAAAAACAUUGCCUUCGAUUAUAAGGCGAUUUCCAAAGAGAUAAAGCCUCACCCUCCAGGAUUACCAAAGUCUCUUUACAUUUAUGGAGAUGUUGGUUGUGGCAAAACAUUCCUUAUGGACAUGUUUUUCAAAUGUGUUCCUUUACAAAAGAAACUUAGAGUUCACUUUAACAGCUUCAUGAUUGAUUUUCACACGAAAAUGCACCAGCUUAAUAGAAAAAACAAGGAUGGAAAUGCAAAUAUGGAAAAAUUAAUGGAUGACAUUGCAGAAAAUUAUCAUUUGAUUUGUUUUGACGAAUUUCAAGUCACUGAUAUUGCAGAUGCCAUGAUUUUAAAGAGGUUAUUUGAAGGAUUGCUGAAUAGGGGAGUUGUGGUUGUGAAAACAUCAAACAGAAUGCCUGAUAAUUUAUACGAAAAUGGUAUUAACAGGGAAGCAUUUUUGCCAUUCAUUGAUGUUGUAAAGAUGAAGUAUGACGUUUUUGAUAUGGAGGCUGUUUGUGACUACCGUCUUUCCAGUGGAAAUAAGCAAACCAAUGUUUACUAUACACCACACAAUAAGGAGACAGAAAAGAUUUUAGAAGAAUUGUUCAAAAAGCUCACAUAUCCUCACGAUGCUGAACCUCGACCUAUCAUGGUCAUGAAUCGUGUGUUGGUCAUACCAAGAGCUGCCAGAGGUGUUGCAUUUUGCACUUUUGAUUUCCUCUGCAAACAACCAAAGAGUGCAGUUGACUACAUUGGCAUUUGUAAAGAGUUUCACACGCUAAUUAUUUCAGGAAUUCCAGUGUUUAAUAAGGACAAUCGUGAUGCUCUCCGAAGAUUUAUUACACUAGUUGAUGAAUUGUAUCAACAUCGUGUGAAAUUGAUUUGCAGUGCAGAGAAACCUGUAGAUCAGCUACUUGAUUUUGAUAACCCAAAUGACGAGAUUAGAAACCGAGGAGUAGAAGAUGCCUACAAUUUCAACAAGAGUCACACAGAAAAUUAUGAUGAAGUAUUUGCUUUCCCAAGAACCAUUUCUCGAUUAAUGGAAAUGAGAAAUAAGGAAUAUUUAAUGUCGCAUCACGUGUCCAUUCCAUCCGACAAGAAUAUACAUGACAUUGUAAAAUAA